AUGGCUAAUAUACUCCCUUACUUCGUGGCCAUAUCGGUAUACCUCAAUGCUGUUGCAUCUUUCAACCUCUAUCCUGCCCUCGACAGUGGUAAACUAGCAACUGCAUUCAACGUGACUGAGGACUGUAUUCUAGCUCUCAACCAAUCUAUUCCAGAAUGCGACCAAACGCUCUUCCAGAUGGUCAGUUCCUUUGAGAAUUACUGGUGGGAAGAUGACAAUGUUACGGCGCUCUGUGGGACGAAUUGUUCGGAUGCCGCCCAAGAUUGGGAUCUAAACGUCGCCUCUGCGUGUGAUGAUCAGUAUUAUUCAGCCUACGGGAAGCUGGUCCCGGCAUGGACAAUUUCGGAGCGCUUUGUAGACGGAAUAGGCAUUGCAUGCUUGUCCUCAAUGACCGAGGCAGACACUUGGUGUCUACCCCUUUCGCAGAACUUCACGGGUUCAGAUAUCAUUCGUGCAGACUGUGACACGAACCCCUCGGAUCCAAGCUGCUCGGGCAACGCAUCGUCUAUCCCUUCGGAUGACGUACGCAUGGCAAACCUAUACGACGACGAUGUUCUCUGCAACGACUGCUUCGUGCAGAUGCUAUACCGCCGUGUAACCUCAAGCUAUCUGGAGGACUCUGACUAUUCAGACUACCUAGUUGGUCAGCUCCAGGAUAUUGCUGAUGUUUGCUCAACGUUGAUCCCGAAUAUCGCGGUACGGCAGCUGCCGACUUACGAGGUUGCUCCACCCGUAACGUCUAUCAACUUUGGAGCGAACACUACCACCACAACCACGAGUUCGCCUGCAGCGUCAACUACCUGCUCAGGACAGACGCUCGGUGGUGAGGCCAAGAGACGAGGCGUCAGUUUUUGGUCACUCGAAGAGCGACAGGCCUCCUCAUCUUGUGACGCGCUGUCUUCCCAGUACGGCGUCACUACCGGCGAUCUCCAGUACCUGACCGGCAGCGAUACCUGCCAAGUGUCAAAGAGCAUUUGCCUACCGGCGGCAUGCAAGCUCGCGCAGGUUGCUAGUGGCGAUACUUGUGCAACCCUUGCAGGAGCUGCAGGGAACGUGACAAUAUCACAAUUUCUUAAAUGGAAUACCCACAUCAUGGGUCUCUGUGACAGUCUCACGGCGGGUCAGUAUGUCUGCACAAGUGCUCCUGGUCUCACGGGCUCUUAUUCCCUCGCGCCGCCGCCUCUCGGAACAGGAGCCGACGCCGGAAACCAGCAGCGCGGCGGGGCCGGAGGUGUCGUGACGCCAACGACCACCGUCACGACCACCGCCAACCCCAUCUCGGGCGGAAACGCGCCCUCGCCGACGCAGGACGGGCUAGUCACCAGCUGCAACAACUACGCGAUGGCCUCCGCGGGCGACGGCUGCUACGACUUCGCCGCGGCGCACAGCAUCCCGACCUCGAAACUGUACGAGUGGAACCCGGUCCUCGGCUCGGACGGCGCCGCGUGCACGACUUCCUUCUGGGCCUCCGAGUACUACUGCGUCGGCGUGCGGACACCAACCACCACCACUGCCACGAUAUCGGUGACGGCGCCCGGCCCGACGCAGACAGGUAUCAUAGCUACCUGCGACAAAUUCGCCGAGGCGCAGUCCGGCGACGGAUGCGAGGUCUUCGCGGCGCGGAACGGGAUCACGCCCGCCGAUUUGUACGCGUGGAACGGCGUUCUAGGCGUCGGCGGCGCGAACUGCGGGACUAUGCUGUGGGGCGACGAGUGGUACUGCGUCGGCGUCGGCGCGCCCGGGCCGACGCAGACGGGCAUCGCGGCUAAUUGUGAUAAAUUCGCGGAAGCGGUGCCGGGACAGGGGUGUUAUGACUUCGCUGCCGCGAAUGGGGUUACUGCGGCGCAGCUGUAUGCUUGGAAUAAGGUUCUGGGAGCUAAUGGGGAGAAUUGCUCGACUAUGCUUUGGGGGGGGGAGUGGUAUUGUGUUGGGGUUAGUGGCUAG